GGGAUCAGGUUAGGCAAGGGGACCUGGACCUGCUGUUGGUCUUUCAAGCAGCCAUUCAGUUGUUUCAGCACCGCGGACAGCGACUGGUUAUUGUCAAUAACUCCAGCCAGACAAUUUUGUUCAUUUGUUUGUUUUAUGGGGAAGAUAUUGUUGGAUUUUAAUAGAGGAAUAUGGACGAAUUCUUCCCCAAAACGAAGGAAUCUAAGGAUAAGUUUAAACCCUAAAAGUUUGGAGGCAUGUUCAGGAAGAUUAACAAUGUUUUCCGUCCCAACCAUCAUGGGCAGAGAGGGCGGGAUUCUGGAGGUGGAGGUGGGUUACGGUCCGAGCAAGAUUACCACAGCGCGUGCACCGUGCGACUGGUCCGCAGCACGUCCAUGCUCGUGGUGGGAGAGAAAACUCAGACAGCCGUGGGCUCAACUUUGAAACGAAGCAAAAGCACCGUGAGCAUCGAGUCGACCUUGUACUAUUAUCAGAGGCAGGAGGACCGGAUAUGGCUCUACUCUCAGAAUCAGAACUGUCUGGAGUACCUGGAGGCACUCGUGGCUCUGAGGCGACAGUACAUGAAGAGCGUGAGUGACUUGAAAAGUGCCGACAACAAGGCCACAGUGUCCUCCAAAAAGAAACACGCGCCCCCGCCACCCAACAAGGAAGAACCGGUAAGAGUCUGUCGGUAAAAGUAGAGGAUAUGAGAGGUGAUAUCCAAGGCAAAUGUUCUCCCGUUUUUCUAAAACACAGAUAUCAAGCGACGAACCUACAGCAGUACCCACAGCCCCAGACGAGGAGGGAACUCUUGAGUUCUUCGAUGCUGUCAUAGCCAGCUGUGAUAGUGAGCCGCUACGGAAGCCUUACAGGGAUGAUGGACACGCGGAUGUAGACUUCAUAGGUGAGUUUGAACUCAACUGGAACUAAUUAUUAUUUAAAGGGAUAAUCUGGUGUAAAAUUAUGUUAGGGUCAAACACACCGCAACACCAAGUUAGACACCCCCUCGAGAGAUGAAUGUUGCCAACCCCUUGCUUCUCUAGUUAUACCAACUUAAGUAAUGACCAAACGAUAGCAAUACAGAGAGGCACGCGCUCAACCAAAAAGCCAGUCUACAGUUAAAAAUAACUUCAUCAACAGGACAAAUAGGGUCCCAGCCUUAGUACUAGCCACCAAACAUCUUUUUAACUUUGCCUAAUUUCUUGUUUCACACAACUCACCUACUCUCUUCCAGUAGCCACUUGUUUGUAGCAAGACCUCCAGGCAAGUCUAUCAACUGCAGAGGGGUGACGCAGCUCAAGGAAGAACAUUUAUGAUCAUUUCCUCAUAAAAAUGCAAUCAGACCGAGACGCUAAGGCAGAAGAACUACCGCGUCUGCAGUGCAAACUGAUUAAUAUAGUGAUUAUUACUUCAAGAAAAUGAUAAACAAAAUAUAAAUGUUCCUCCUUGAGCUGCGUCACCCCACUGUAGUCCAUGAUGGACUCGCCCAAGGUCUUGCUACAAAUAAGUGGCUGCUGGAAGAGAGUAGGUGAGUUGUGUUUGGUCUCUUUGCUAAAAAAAUCAGACAAAGUUAAAAAGAUGUUUGGUGGCUAGUGCUAUGACUGGGACCCUAUAUGUACUGUUGAUGAAGUUAGGUGCUGUUCUGAGCAUUAUUUGUGGCUAUAGAGCGGCCUUUUGGUUGAGGUUUGUUUAUGGCUCCUCAGACCACUAUGUAUUGCUGUCAUGCGGUAGUUACUAAAGUCGGCAACAUUCAUCUCUCGAGGGGGUGUCUAACUCGGUGGUACAGUGUGUUUUACCCUAACUUUAUUUUACACCGGAAUAUCCCUUUAAUACUUGGGUCAGAGGACCUUCAUCCUUUUAAGUUUAGCCAACUAAAAAUGAAGACAGACAUGAUUGUGUUAAGAUUUGGGUAAUUUCAACAUUGCCAAAGUACUGACUAGUUUUGUACGCAGCCUGUAUUUUAUAACGGGCUGCCUUUAUCUAUUAAUCCAUCUAAAAGUUAUCCCCUGUAUAGAUGUAUUGAGUGGCUAGCACUGUUGUCAGGCAUUUUCCAUUUUGAAGUAUUUUACUCACCUGCCACAUUUACUUAAAAUUUGUAGGCGGAUUACUGUAUAAAUCUAAACAGUGUAGAAAAGAGUCGCUCACCUUUGUAUGUUUAUAGAGCCCACCUGAAAAUCUUUCAAAAUUCUUCCAAGUGUAAUUAAAAAGUUUAUGACCUCCCUGUAAAGGACCAUGCUGCAUAGAGUUCAUUCUUUCUGUGAUCAUAUCUGGGGUUGAUACUUGCUUUCCACAUUUACAUCCUCUGACAUAAAGAGGAGAUGGAUGUUUACUCAACUAUGAUGUGUGUAGCCCAAGUAGUUUUAGUUUGGUAUACAAAGAUGUAUCUCAGUGACCACUUAAAAGCUUAAAAUACUGCUGAACUGAAAUGAACCAAAGUCUGCUCUCUAAAAGAAAACUUUUUACACAACCUUUUGCGUACAAAUUACAUAUGAAUCCAUCCCUCUUAAAAUGAGCUUCUAAUAAUUAAAUAUUGAUCUAUUGUUAUACCAGACCCUGAUCUGCUUUGGUUUGGGUUUUUUUCAUUAUGUCACAUUGGCUUUGUGCUACUAAAUGUCACAAAUUUUGUAUUUUCUUAUUGUGCCACUAGUUGAAUGAGGUAGAAAAUGUUCAAGUGUAAGGGUGGUCAGGCUUUAAUAUGAACAUUACUUUUGUUCUUUAGGGUCAGCUGAUUAGCCAAACCAGCCUGCAGAAAACUAAACAUACCUGAGUGACAAUAGUUCUCAAGCCGAAAGUCCCAACUUCCAGGCUUAUCUUCUUCUGCUCUCUCUUCACCCACAGUGGCCUCCAGCUCAGCUGAACAUGACCUCCACUCGAACUGGGUCUUGAGGGUUCCUCGGGUCCCAGAGGACGCAAAGCAGAAAGAGGUCAGUGACUGUGCCAAUGAAAAAGCCACGAAGAAGAAGAAGAAAAACCAGAGCCAGAGCGGGUCCACCAGCAGCAGACUGCGGCUACAGAGGAACCCGAUCCACCUCCCCAAAGUGGUAGAGAGUGCGUUCCAGACACUGCGCUUCAAGCCCAAAUUAAAAAAGCAGUGAAGCUUGAUAGACAUUUGAAACCAGCAGCAUGUAGAGCUCAACCCACUUUGUAUGGACAGACACCAUGAACUGAUGGAGAUCUUUCCAGAAUAAUCAUACAUAAGUUUUAAUACUGCAAAUGGAAGAAAAAGUAUGUCAUAGCUGAAAAAUGUCUAUCUGAACAGAUCAUUCAGAGCAUGUUUUGACUAAUCACUGUCCUCAGGCUGCAAAAUAAAUAGCAGUUGCAUCAUUAUUACAAUAUGAGUAUUUGAAAUCAUCCUAUCACAAAAUUCAUUGCAAUGAAAAUAACUACUCUGAGAUUAUUUGGUGCUGGUUUAGUAGUGAAUGUAGAAUCGCACAUAUAUUUUGCUCACAUGCAGGCCUGCUCUGCACCACUCAAAAGUCCCAGUUAGUCACGAAAGAGACAAACAAUCAGCACAAUACCAAGGUUCAGAAACUUCAGAUAAAUACUGUCAAAUUUAGCCAAGAGAGUUAAGUUUACUCCAAUGGUUCACCUGCUAUGGUGUGUCAAAACAUCAUCUAUAAAAAAGCCUUCCAAUUAUCAAAUCUUUAACAUCAAACUCAAUCAAUUCACAAUUCUUAAGCAUCAAUAGGACUAUACUUUCAAGUUUUCCCAAUGACAGUCUGCUAAAACCAUUAUUAUCAGGUGUUGAGUUCAGUAAGGGAAAUGUUUAAUAUUGCAACAGGUAUGAAACUAAGGUAGAGAGGAGCUUAAGGUUUACAGAUGCAAAGAAGCAGCAUUCCUUGAGGUUUCUAAGGCAAGAAUAAAAUGCAACCGUGUCCUUCACAGCCACAACAAAAAGAGGUAAACAUCAUCCCAGGGUGCAACAUGAAUGCCUGUUUUUAAUUUCAGAGUUAGUCUCUGAUUUGUAAGGCCGAUACAAGGUCUGAGUUGACUGAAUAGUUCAAAAGCAGCUUUGACUGUUCUGGUAACUGUUAUAGAUGUUAUCAUCAAAACAUAAGGGGUCCAUUUCUUUGAUUACAAAAGCCGACACAUUGUGAUUUUAGCUGAAAGGCUAAGUGAGGAUAUGAGCUGUAUUGAUGACUGGUGAUGUUCUUUUCCGUGGGGUUGAUCUUGCCGUUGACACAAUUGACGAUAGCGGUAUGUUUUUUUUUAUCAUCUCAGCGUUUACACCAAAUCAUAUGAAAUGGACCCUAAACUAUUUGCAUCCUAGUAGGUCAUUCAAGUGAGCUCUGUCUUUAAGACUGAUUCAAUAGCAACAGCUUUUACUCAAAAGUAUUAAAGACCCUGAAUAAAAAAUGUCAAUACCAACUUUCAUCAAAUCUCAUUCCACUACUUCUAUGAGAGUUUAUCUUCAGGGUUGAAUAAUUUGUUUAAUACCAUCAACAACGUCUAAGAGCAUCGUUAGAGAUAUACUUGAUAAUACUGGGAAUUAACAGCAAAGUUAGCCUUCAUUUUUUUAUCAGUUCUCAACUUCGGGGGCAAAAUCACAGACUAUAAAAUACUGGAGGACAUGGCAGAUCCCCCAGAAAUGAAGUCAACAAGGUUUGUGGUUCUCCUGAUUGGCUGCAGUAAAGGUCACAAAGUUAGUCUUCUCCAUGUAUUUAAUUCAAACACUCAUAUACACACUGGAUUCCUUCUUCUGUUGAUAUAGUUAGUGCUUGUACUGGUUUAUGUCAAAAUAUUAGAUUCUCAGAGUUGUUACACUUCCCUUUAAAUUUGCAGUAAGAUGCACUUUUGACACAUUUUUUAUCAUCUAAAAAGUGAGCUGUGCCGGACACACCAAUGCAACCAAUACAUAUAUACCGAUAUAAAAUGCAGAGAGAUGUCCAGCGUUUUACCCUAUUUUAUCUAAAAGACAAAGAGGCGAGUACUUCAGAGCAGGACACAAAAUAGCGUGGACCAGUCUAGCUGCAGCCUCUUUUUGUGCUUCUCUCCUUCAUCAAGCUCAAAUCAGGCUUUUCAAGGAAACACUGGCUAACUAUUUAGUGAAUAAUCCUGAAUUGAUAGAAAAGAUUCCCCAUUUUAGAUUGAACACAGUCCCCUGUGAUCUGAACGUAACAUCAGUGGCAUGCUUUGGUCAAAAUAUAUCGUGAAUCAAGCACUAUGAGAAGUUUUUGACCCAGAACAGUCUCUGUGAAUGCAAAUGAGCUUCCUCUUUCCUGCACUUAAAACGAUGGGAGAGAGGUGCUCAUGGCUUCAUUUCUGUGCAAUGAAAGGGGGUGGACACACAAGGUCUAUUUUUUAAAAACAUGCAAAAUCUUAUCCUAAAGAUUACUAGGUAAGAAUAUCCUGGAGCUCUGAAAUGUAGACAUAGAAACAUGUAGCUUACAAAACUGCUAAAUGACUCAUUCUUCUCUCCUCUCUUUCUCACCCCCUCGUCUGAUUCAAAUCUUAUAAAAAGAAAGGCCAUGUUCAUCAAUACAGUUUCUUUUCUUUAUUACAAUUGUGUCAUAUACAAAACAGAUGCUGUACAACAUUUAUUUCUUUUCUGCUUUGGCCUUGGGGCUGAAGAAGGACGACAUGGGCUUCAUGCCAGUCUUGUCUACCUUGGCUAGAGUUUUCUGAGCAGAAGUCAUCUUCUUAGGCGGCUAGAAAGAGGGAAGAAAAAAAUCGAUAAGAAAACUGGUUGACUUUACUCAGAGACAGCAGAGAAUUCAUUAUAUAUAAUCAAGUUCAGUUCAAACUGAGAAAAAAAACACAUUCGUACAAGGUAAGCCCCCUUUGACCCAUGUGUAUACUCAGACAGACAAAGCUGAGAGAAAGUAGUCAGCAAACAAGAGCCGCACUAACAAUCACUCAAGGUCUCAAGGAGGAAAAAAAGAUUCCAAGAUGAAAGCAAACAAAUGAUCGCCCUGGUGAUGAUAAUAAAAAUCAAGAAAAAUGAUGAUCAAAGCCAAAGAUUUUCACGAUAGCUGUUUGGUCUAUUCAGGCAGACUGCUGCACACACUCACUUUACGAACAAAGUCUGCACUGUUGAAUUUGGUGUAGUCCUCUCCGGCCUCCACCGGUGUGUCUGAAAGUUUCCGCUUCUGCCAGAUGAGGAAGUGAGAAAAAAAAAAGCUUUUCACGACAAAGAGAACGAAACUUUUCACCGCAGAAACACACACCACAACAAGCCGAGAACAUGACCUCCACUCCUGAUGAAAGAACUCUUGUUUAAAACACACAAGCGCAACCAGAUUUCAUCUUUAGUAAGAUGAAAUUAUGCAGAAGGAACAAUGUUUGAGUUAGUUUGAGGAAAGGGAAAGAGCGCUACCACAGCCUGGAAAGGGAGACCAAGAAUAGGACGUACAUGAGGAAUACAUACCUUUGAAGGAGGUUCUGUCUCUUUUGGGCUUGUGAGCUCAGGUAGCCUGUGAAGCACAACAAGAACCACACUUGAUCUCAAUGUUUGGGCACAAAUAUAUGCUCAAAAACGUUGCGAAUUUGUUAGAUGUCACUUACUUAAGGUGUCUAAGCAGGUCUUUGCUCAGGUCUUCACUGAUGUACUCAGAUAUCAGGCCGUGCGCGUAACGUAAGUAGUCCUCUAAGUCAUAAAAAUGAAGGAUCGUUGCAGGUAAUCAGCGAGAAAAACCUAAACUUAAUGUUCAACAUUGUAACAAGUUGGAGAAAUGUUGCAGGGCUGUAACCUCUGGAUAUAAACUAUAAAAUAUGACUGCCAUCUACUGGUCAAGACAAAGAAAUGAAGUUAGGGAAGAAGACCUGUUUUACAUUUCUUUAGACAGGAAGAUGGAGAAGGAAUAGUUGAAAUAGUUGUCUUGAACAUUUAAGCUGAAGCUUCUCACCCUCAUUAUGGUCUGGCUCUGACUUGACUCUGACAUAUGUUGAAGAUUUGACUCCUUCUCCCACUGAGAUAUGUCUCUUCUUGAGCGCAGCAACCGUCCUCUCCACCUGCAUCAAGAUAGAAAAAAAUGUAUUCACUCCUACCUGGAUAACAAUCUAUCAGUGUAUCUGGUAGAUUCAAAAUAUCCACCAGAUACAUUAGAUUUUUUGAGAUGAGCCAAAAGUCAGUGAUUGAAAUAAACAACUAAAAAGGACUGGCUAACUCAUAGGCUAUGUUCACACUGCAAUUCAGAUUCUUAACCAUGUGACAUAUCCGAUUUUUUUUAUGUAAGUGUGAACAGUGCAAUUCUGAUUUUUUCAAAUCCGACCCAGGCCUCUUUUGUAUGUGGAUAUAAUCAAGAUAUGUAUCCAAUGUGACUGCAGUGUGGACGCUCAGGUCGCGUUCAUCCGACCUAUACGUCCUCAAUAUGUGACAAACGUCACCAUUAUUCGACAACACAAACAGGCGCGGAAAGUGAUUUGUGCUUUGUGCGCAUGUGGGUCACUUCACGAAUGCAUCGUGUUCACAUUAGAUGCCGCAUUCGUUGAUGUAAUGUAAACGACCGCACAAAAAUAACGGAUUUAACAAAAAAUCCGAAUUGUGCAUCAUAACCUGCAGUGUGAACGUAGCCAAAGUUGAACACUUUGUGGUACCAGCAAAUACAUCGUAGUAGCCCAACAAGAGAUGCAACAACAUGUCCUUGUUAUACGUGUGAAUAACUCAUCAACCCCAGCCCCGAUGAAAACACUUUGUAUAGUUUUUGUUUUUAAGUUAUGAAUAUCUAGAACACAUUUAUAUAACAGUCGUGAUGAGUACCUUUUUCUUCAGCCAAUCCAUCGUUUUCUCCUGACUGUAUCUAUGGAACUUUAGGUUUGCUACUUCUGCGAGAACAAAAAACAACUUUUAAACAAUAAAAACAACACGACCGUAUAAUUCUCUGGCAUUGGCUUCAAGUAUACACUACCUUUUUCUUCUGCAAUGUGGCGCAGAGAGGCCAGUGAGUGUGUGCAGCUCAGCAGCCUUGAGCAAGCCGGGAAUUCUUCAUCCAUAACGACUUGAUCCACAGGCUGAAACUUCCCCUGAGCAGCAGAUGGAAUAUUUAAAGAGAUUUAAAGAUGUUUUGAUUUUUGUGUGCGCAGAGUGAGUCAGUAAAUUGGAAACAUUCAGAUCUCCAAAUCUACAAGGCCAAUUUGCAAUCAUUUACAAGCUGCCAUAUAAGAGGCACAACACUGCUGUUAAGCUGUAAGUAAAAAUGCUGAGACACCAUAACAUUUUGUUUUAUAUUAUCUCUCUGUAAAAUAUUCUCGCACUAGAAAAAAAAUCUCUGACAUUCAGCCAGGAGUUUUUACAGAUUCUAGUUAACGCUUGAAAAUAUUUUCUGUCUCUUUUUGGCCAGGGAUGAAGAUCCUAAUGUGAGCAUAUUUUACUUCCCUUCAACUGUGUUUCAGCUACAAGUGCCAACUCAUAAACACAAUACCAUGCUUUUAAAAUUCAUACAUUUACUGAGAAAUAUGAGACGGCCCCUCUGACUUAGGAUUUUACAUUUCUUAUCGGUCAUAUUUUUAAAGGUACAUACUGCCACCUGCUGUGCUGGAGUUUGUACUGAAUGGAAAAUCAUCACAGUGUUCAGACUUACAUGACAAUGACAUAAAUCAAGUGACAUCCAUUAGCCUGUCUUAUCAGCAGAAAAACACUUAACUGUAAUAUCUAUUGACAACAAUGACAUGUUAUCAAUAUUGUUCACCCACACUGAAAAAAUCUACAUUCUUAGAGAAGCAGUUGUUUAUGUAUAGAAAUUUUAGCACCAGCAGGAGGAUCCAGGCACAUUGUGUGAGCACAGAUGGUCUUUCAGCUCGCAAAGAUACCUAACCUUGCAAUGUAAUUAUGAAGACAGUUCUUUUUAUAUGUUUAAACACAUAAACCACAACCUUUAUAUAAGCCAAGUUUGAUAUUUUACCACCUCCGAGCAUUGGUACCAAGCCAAGAAAGUUGGACCUGUGAGUGUGCCCACUGGUACUGGAGGUGUAGAUAUAGAUUUAUUGAUCUCUUCUCACCCUGGAUAACACCCAACCAAUAUAUCUUAGGAUUCCUGGUACGUUUAAGGCAAGAUAGAGGCAGCGCUGGGGUAAAACUGCACCCACAUGCUGUUAGAUGUGAUUUAAAAUGUUUUAAAUAAUGUAAGUAGACCAGUCAGGCUGUAUUUGAAGAAGUGAUAUCCCACAGAUAACAGAUUAAGGUUUGACACAAGCAUCAUAAUCUACUUUAACAACUUAAAGUAGCAUAAUCAACCUCUGUUUAAUCUCCACCCUCUUAAAGCUGUGAAAGACUAAGUUGUUUCUUUUAGCUCUAAUUAAUUAACUGUGUAUUUCAUGAACAUUGGAAUAUGAAAAAAGUGAGAUGUGGGUUUAAACUUCAAAUCAGACACCGGGGGAUCAUAUCUUUCAUUUGACAGUCAUCAGAUAACCAGCAAGGAAGCGUCACUCAAACAGCCGUAACAUUAAUACAGCCCUCUCUCUCUUUCUUACCUCUUUUCCAGAUUUGAUCAAGUAGGGGAGAAUGAG